CAUUGGACUUUCCCCCUAUUUCUCCUAUAUAUUAGUGAAGUCUGCUCCAUGAACCUAUUCAGUACAUCACGAUUCCCUUCAGAUAUAACCUUGACCAGGUUUUGGGUCUAUAAAAAGUCUGGUGUCAUUAUUAAAAUUACACUGAAGGUGAUACUAAGAGACCGAGUACAGGAUGGAGAACUACAAGGAGACAGCAGCUGAUAUAGAAGCCUCUAUGGGACAAGUUUACCAACCUACUGUGGAAGCCGUGAAGCCAUCCAGAUCUUGGAUAUGGACAAUAGUUGGGGUUGUGGUCUUUCUUUCCCUCGCUGCUGUAGCAUCUUUCUGUUUUGCAUGGCAUUUCAUGAAUAAGCAUCAAGUGGAACCUAUUAUGGAUCAGCAAAGCGCCACAAGCGCAGAUACACCAAGACAUCAGAAAUUGCUAACAGAGUUCGCCAAAAGUACAAAGGCAGCCAUUCACCUCCAUGCUUCUGGUCAUAAGAAAAGUUCUCCACAGUGGGUGAGUGGAGUGGACCAGUCAUUCACUAAAGGAGGCCUCAAGCUGGAAAACAACAAUAUCCUCAUUCCCCACGAUGGCCUGUACUUUGUCUACAGCCAGGCAUCAUUCAACCUAAUCUGCGAUGAAGAUAAUGAGAGAAACCAUCUGAGCUACAGUAUUCGGUGGUCAUCUCACACAUCACCAUCCAAAAAUAAACGCUAUCUGCUCAGUGGAGUCAAAACUGUGUGCCAAACCAAAACAGGGGAGCAGAGGAAUGUCUAUGAUUACAUCUAUCUUGGUGCUGUCUUUCAGCUUUAUGAGGGGGACGAACUGUCAACAGAGACCAAACAUCUUAAUAACAUCGAUGAACAUAGUUCCAAAACCUAUUUUGGGGUGUUUGAGCUGUAAGAACGUCAAGGCUCCUUCCUGAGAUACCUGCUGACUAAUGUGAAGAAAUUUUGUUUUAUGUUAAAACACUGAUAUUGUAUUAUUUCUCAGGGUGGUUUGUGAAAAUUAAUCACAUGAGGAAUGUGAAACGAUUUAUUUUCCUAAGCAUAAAAGCUGUAAAUGUGAUACAGUGUAUCAAAGUGCUGCAAAGUUCUCAAAUGUACCUGCUAAAUUAUGAUGUAAUACCUAGGAAUGAGAAGGAGCACUUCCUCUUUGUACUCUUCUUAGACCAGCAUGUUAAGCUUUUACUGUAUGUUAAAACUGAAAAACUGUAGCUCACUACAGAAACUGCUCAUGUACAAACUGAAUGUUGUAAUGAAUGCACUUUUUUUUUUUUUUUGGUUUAAUGUAUUAACUUAUUUAAAACAAACAUUUUAAUUUUUUAUUGUAUUUUUGAGAUUUAGGUUAUGUAUUUAUUCAUUCACACUUGCCUAUUUAUUAUGAUUAUUGUAUUUAUUAAAUGGAUGUGAUAAAAUCUACUGCAGCAGAUUUUAAGCAUAAUCUCUGUCCACAUCUUUACAGGCAGAAUUUUUGUGCACCAAGAAAGGAAUGGAAAAACUGUUUACUCCUAAAUAACUUAUAAUGGACAUCUAAGAAGUGUUGCAGUCAAUAAAGAUUUGUAUCUCUCAUGAACGUUU